UCCAACCAUCGUAAAUUUGUAUAUAUAGUCCCUGCCUUCAUACUUAUCGACACCACAGAUAUUUUCCAUAUCACAACAGUUUGCAGUUGAAAUGGCGCGGGCAAUAUUGUGGGUUUUGCUGACAGUAAUGGCGGUAUCACUUCUACUCCACGCAGGAGUGGAAGGUGUGAACUUCGACAUAGAAAACCAGUGCCCUUACACAGUGUGGGCGGCAGGGACUCCAUUCGGGGGAGGGAUAGAGCUAAAGAGGGGACAGUCAUGGCGGGUAAAUGUGCCGGGCGGGGCACGGGGAAGAUUUUGGGGUCGCACCGGCUGCUCCUUCGAUGGGAACGGUCGAGGCAGAUGCAACACUGGCGACUGCGGGGGAUUACUCAACUGCCAGGGAUCUGGAGGCGUUCCCUCAACGCUUUUAGAGUACGCUCUCAAUCAAUACCAGAACCUGGACUUCUACGACAUCUCUCUCGUCGAUGGAUUCAACCUCCGCAUGACUGUCGUUCUUUCCAACACAAACUGCAAGAGAAUCGCCUGCAAUAGCGACAUAAAUUCAAAGUGCCCCGGAGAGUUAAAGGUCGUCGAUGGGUGCAGAAGUGCGUGUGCUGCAUUCAACACUCCAGCAUACUGCUGUACGGGAUCCUUCCUCGAUAACUGCCCUCCUACCGGCUACUCUCAAUUUUUCAAGCGAGAAUGCCCGUUGGCCUACAGCUAUGCCAAGGAUGAUCCCACCAGCACCUUUACUUGCCCAGGCGGCAGCGACUACAAAAUUAUUUUCUGCGGUAAUGGUGAUUCACAGUCUAAUUCUACCUCAACUUCAAGUGGAAGUCUUUAUGCAGUCGAAUAGGUUUUAUAUGUGUGUGUGCGUGAGUGUGCGUAUCUGUGUCAAGCAAUAAUAGUAAGUUCUUAGCAGAAUAAAUAGGAGUGUAUAUUGCUCUGUAUCCAUUUUCUCUUGAUUACAAGCAUAAGGGACAGUGUCUGUUUAACUUAUUGUCUAUGUAGAUUUCAGAAUGCAGCUUUGAUCGUUUUGAAAAAAUCAGUAUAAUGGGUAUUCGAUGUUUGAA